AGCAGCCGCCUGUCUGCUCUGUAACACUGAGCUCACUCUGAGCUCCAGCUGGGCUGGUCAUGAGGGUCAUUCCAAAGUUUGUACAACUGACUUCAUUUAAGAAACUGUCCAGUCAACUUGAGUUAUUAUUAAGAUGUAUUUUUCAUAUAUCGCUCUUCUUUGGCUCGGUGUCCUACACAAAGCGGAGGGAAGCGGAGGUGUGCUCGAGCUGAGGGACGCAGAUUUUGAGAGGCGUGUAGCCGAGCACGAGACUCUGCUCGUGCAGUUCUUCGCGCCGUGGUGUGGUCACUGUAAGAGGUUAGCUCCUGAAUAUGAAGCUGCUGCUACCAGACUGAAGAGCACAGUACCCCUAGCAAAGGUUGACUGCACUGCAAACUCUAAGACAUGUGAGAAGUUUGGGGUGAAUGGGUAUCCCACUCUAAAAAUCUUUCGAAAUGGCGAGGAGGCCUCUUCAUACAAUGGUCCUCGGACAGCAGAUGGCAUUGUGAGCUAUAUGAAGAAGCAGGCUGGCCCAAGCUCUGUAGCUCUACACAGUGAAGCUGAGUUGGAUGCUUUCAUAAAUGGUUUUGAUGCCAGUGUUGUGGGCUUUUUCUCAGGACGUGACCAUCUGGAGCUUGCUGAGUUUCUGAAGGCCUCCAGUGCUUUGAGGGACAGCUAUCAAUUUGCCCACGCCACAGACCUGGGAAUAGGACUCAAAUAUGGCAUGGACAGAGAGUGUGUCCUGCUUUUUCGUCCUCCACACAUGAGCAACGUGUUUGAGGAUAGUGUGCUGAAGUUUGCUGACUCUGUCUCAACCUCUACGCUACACACAUUCCUCAAGAACAACAUUUUUGGUCUUUGUCCUCAUCUGACCUCUGAGAACAGAGACAGUCUGAGAUCGAGAGAUCUGCUUACAGCCUAUUACGAUGUUGAUUAUGUGCGGAAUCCAAAGGGUACAAAUUACUGGCGAAACAGGGUGAUGAAAGUGGCGACUCAGUUCGUGUCUCGUGGGCUGAGUUUUGCUGUGGCUGACCGGAGGGAGUUUCAGGAGGAGCUGGAGGAGGAGUUUGGACUGCAGUUGUCUGAUGGGGGAGAGAUGCCCCUCAUCACUAUCAGGACCAGAGCAGGACACAAGUACAUCAUGCAAGAGGAGUUCACAAGAGAUGGCAAAUCUUUGGAGAGGUUUCUGGAGGAUUAUUUUGCCAAUCACUUAAAGAGAUACAUUAAAUCUGAGCCUGUGCCAGAGACGAAUGAUGGUCCUGUCAAGGUUGUGGUGGCUGACACUUUUGACGAGAUUGUGAACAAUCCAGAGAAAGAUGUACUAGUGGAGUUUUAUGCUCCAUGGUGUGGUCAUUGUAAAAAUCUGGAGCCUACAUAUACUGAGCUUGGAGAAAAGCUGUCUGGUGAUUCCCACAUUGUCAUUGCUAAGAUGGAUGCCACUGCCAACGAUAUUCCUCCAAAUUAUGAUGUACAAGGCUUCCCAGCAAUUUACUUUGCUCCUGCUGGACAAAAAGACCAACCGAGGCGUUAUGAGGGUGGACGUGAGGUCAAUGACUUCAUCAGCUACCUGAAGAAAGAAGCUACAAAUCCACUGGUCUUUGGCAAUCUAAGGGAUGACCUGUGAAUUUGACCUGACGAUGAGAAAAGUUCAACAGAUGAUAUUUGUUGACGUGGUGGACAAAGAGACAACACGAGUGUUAUUUUUUCCCCAAUUUAGCACUGAUUUUUUUUUUCCCCAGCAAUAAUGAUACAUACUUUUCAUACUUUAUAUAUAAUUUGUAAAAGAUUUUUGUGUUAUGUUGUGUUACAUAUAAUAAUAAUCUCCUAAUAUAUAAUAAUAAUAAUAAUAAUAAUAAUAAUAAUAAUAAUAAUAAUAAUCUCCUAAUAAUCACUAAUUAUAUAUAAUUAGUGUCAAGGACGAAAUAUCUAAUCUGUGAUUUUUAGAUAUCUUGGUAUUUGAGAUCAGAACUAUGGAAAAUAUUUGAUUACAGAUUUGCUAGAUUUUGAUUAACUCAGCUCAAUUUUUAUUUAUUUAUAUAUAUUUUGAAAUUGUGUCUUAAGACUAAGGGACAUGGGUAUGGCAUAUUGUGAUUGCCACACAUUGUGAAUUUGGUAUGCCCUGCAAUAUGUUAAUGGAAUUUGGUGAAUAUGUAAUGUGUCACAGGUCAGAACUGUCCUGCAUUCAUUUGAACAAUUUAUUUUCUUCUUUUUUUAAAUCAUUUGCAUCUUUUGCAUUUGUAUUUAUCAAAAUGCCAAUGUUUUAUUCGGAAAUUGUAAAAAUUCACUAAAACAUUGUGGUUUGUAAGACUGCUUAUUUGCAUGUUGUUGACUAACAUGAUCUCUGUAUUGCAAAAGUCAUUGUCAAAGUCAGUGAACAAACAAUAUAUUGUUUAGCCCUUCUCUAGAAGAACAAUUAUGCCAACAGUUUAAUGUGCUUUUUCAGUUACGCUGAGCACUUACGUAAUGUGUUUAUUCUAGUAAUGCGUUUGGUAGUUUACAUUUAUAUAGUUAUAUCUAUAUAUUUAGUAUUUAGCAUGCAACACUGUUUAACCUAUGUAGCACUAAUUUGUAACAGACUGCUAAAAAAAAACAGACUGUGUAAAAGAGCAGUAAAAUUACUAGGCAUUUACACUUUAUUGUUUGAAUCUGGGAGAAAUCUGUUUUGAUGCAACACUUUGGUCAAAUGGAAAACAUACCUCAGAUCUUUUGCAUGAGGAAAUUACUACACACUUAAUGUGAAACUGCUCGGACUCAGCACUACCUCUUCACACACACUGUACUGUAUUUGGCUUCAUUCUCUACGUCUGCAGAUGAAAUAAAAAAAAAUAAAUAAAAAAAAAGAUGUGGAUCCCCUCGUUCAUACAGUGUGCU